CUAAUUACUCUAUCCCGGAAGAUUGUAAGCCCUUGAAUAGACAAGGUCACUUGUCGGUUUCGAAGGUUUACUAGAUACGCUGAUUCAUGAACUCGGUGGAAGCCAAUAUUGAGAACACAAGUCCAUAUUUGGAAAUUGACCACAGUUACGCAUGAUAUUACGCAUGACAGCUCAGCUUCUUUAUUGACAUUGACUGAAAUGUUUGAAGUGAAAAAAUAGUUAGCCGUGUACUCUGGGUCAUUACAAGGCAGGAACUUAAAACAAGAUGUCUGAUUCCAUGGAAGACAAUGUGGAUCUUGAAUCACUUAAAUGGAGUGAGGAAAUCUACACUUUGGAAGAAUUCCUUAAGAAACUCGACCUUCCACAAAUCGUCUGUGUGCGAGAUGGGUAUUACGAUCUUGAAGAUAUCACGACUCUUUCCACUGAUCAGGUUCUGACUUUGCAUACAUUGAAGACAUGUCGAAUGGUGAAGGGAAUCAGCGAGACAAACGAAGAAAUAUCCAUACCAACAAAUAUUCAAGGUAGAGUAGAACUCAUGCCCAGUGAUCUACCUAAAAUGUACAAGAGCGUGAAAGCGGUCACUAAGGACUGGCCUAAAAUGGUUAUAUCCCUUCACAAUCAUGUGUGGCUGGGAUUAAUGACUAAUGAUGUGCUCAAACUAGAAACUGUCAAAAGAAAAAGACUAAAGGAGUUCUUAUGCUGCUCCUUUGUGAAUAAAGAAGCUGAUGUUGUUGAACUUCCCAUGUCAUACGAAGCCUGCUUCCAGUCUUAUGAAGAGCCUAAGCACAUCGAAGUCAACCAAAUCGAAAGCCACUGUAAAAUGCCUUGUUAUGUAAAAAUACAUGCUAAAUCUCCCAUCAAACCCAACGUUGAUGAUCCUUCUGAGACCCUGGAUCUCAGUACGUUUGGAAGAAUCCAGCUGGUGCAUGCUUACAACUAUAGAAAAAUUAUUGCAAGUAUCAGGGAUAAAGAAAGAACAUCGGUAAUGCAAAUUCCAGUUGAUCUAGAAAUAACCAUUAUGCCUGCUUCAGGAGCCAUAGAAAGGGAAAGCAGAUAUGAAAGUAUUUGUAGUAACGUUCACCAGAAGACACAGUUAGGACAGCUCGAUGGCAUGGAAUUAGACUUUGUGAAGAUGGGAGACAAGGGGAACAUAGUUGACAAUAUAUAUGAAUAUAUUGACUUCAGUCAGUUGAACCUUAAGCCAUCAAAACCAGAAGUAGCUCCCAAACCUGCACACUUAAAAGAAAAACCAGCUGUGCCGCCACGGGACCGUAGAACAUCAAUGAAGGAUCACUCACAUGCAUCCAUAAAGACAGAAACAACACCUUUAUCUAAUCUGGAAUCAACUAUCUCACCACCAGAAUCUCCAGCAAAAACUACAAAUAACACUGACUUUACUAUCCCUGAAGACUUAAAAAGUCUUACGGUAGAAGAAGUUGCAAACUGCCUAAGCUUACUUCACAUGGACAUGUAUACUGAAAAAUUUAAAGAAGAGCAAAUAGACGGGGACAUGUUAGUAGAAUUGAACGAAGAAAUGCUGGAACAGUCUCUUGGAGUAACCAACAAACUUCAUCAGAAGAAACUAAUGAAAGUUAUCCGAGAGGGAUGGAGACCAAAAAGCGAUUGAAAAAUACUUUUAUUUUAGGUAGUAGCAUUACUUUAAGAAAUAAUACUCUAAGACUCUUUUGUGCAUCACAAUUAUUUGUCCAAAACCUCGGGAAAUUUUAAAUUGAAAUGAGAAUUAUUCUAGGACCACGAAGCGGACUCAAGAUAUAAUCAGACUGAACAAAACCAUAGUUAAUAAAUUAUAUGAGAUAACUUAUGCAAGCAACGUGGCUGAAACAAAGAAUAUUGUGAUAAAAAUAUACUCAUUUCAUAUCUAACAUGCUGUGAUGAAAAUCUGAAAAUCUAAACAACCUAUAGCCGUAUGCUCUCGUCUGGCAAUCUUGUUUUCAACUGGCAAGCCUUGGCUGGCGAGCACUGAAAACUUGCUAGUAAUUGCGCGCUAUCCGACUUGGAAUCUAAGAUACAAGUUAUUACAACUUAAACAUUAUAGCAAUUACAUAAAGAGGGGGUGGGGACUUUUUUCUUGUGAAAAAAUACCGACUUGUAUUUUCUCGAUGUCAUGCAUCAGUUUUCUACAAACGCUGCUUUGUCCUGUUUCAGCCGUGCGAUAAAUAUAACUAACAACUAUAAAUGUUGGCAAUUUAUGACUCCGCGAUACAUGUUACGUUGGAGUUCACCAUAAUGCUUUUCCUUUUUUUCUUUUAAAUGAAUUUACUUACUACUUUUAGUCUGAGCAAAGAUAAAAUAUCGGUAAAGAAAUAUAAAUAUUAAAAUAUGUGAAAGCUAACCACGAGAUAACACAAACAACUUGAUCCUAAAAUAGAACUACUUCACAGAUUGGUUGGUUUGUUUUGACCUUUUGAUCAUAAAAUAAUAGUGAAAGAUGCAAAUGUUUGAAAACAAUAAUAUACUUUAGAAAUGAAAAACCGCGCUUUGUUAUAAUGAUCAAAAACACGCAAUGAUUAAUAGAUAAUCCCUAAGCUGAAAACUGAUACUAAAAGAUGAAAAGUUUUCUUAGAUGGAAUUUUCUUUUGGGAGUUUUAUAUCAAGGAUCGACAAACUUUUGAUUUGACUCAGUUGCUGCUUCCGCCGCACUAAACCAUGCAUAAAACUAAAGGUCAUGUUGCAAAGUCUUACAGCAGUCGUUACAGACGUCUUAGCCAAGUGAAAUAUUCGUGAUUUAAUGUGGAAUAUCCAAGCUAGAUUUCGAAUCACUAAUACUUUUGAUAAAGUAAAAAAAAAAAAAUUGUAAAAUUCAGUGUAUAUAUUGAAAUCUAACAGAUGAGAUCGUGUCUAUGUAAAAGAUGAAAAGUUUAAGAGUGGAACUUAGAGCUAAGUGAGUCCAAACAUUCAGGUCUAGACGUGUUUUUUUUUUUUU